GGCAGGAGGGAUCUGCCAAUCGGGCGAUGAAGAAGGGAAGACGGAAGAACAAACUCGAUGCCGAGCCGCAGCCGAUGCCCAAAGCUGUGCAGCCUGAGGAGGGCAUCUCUGGCUGGCCUUCCAUGUCGAGGAAGGAGGAUCUCGUCGCCGGCAUUGUGUCCCAUUCGGUGAAGCUGCACACCUGUGAUGGCUUCCUGAGUGCCAAGGAGUGCGACAGGCUGAUUGAGUGGCUGGACAAGGGGGAGAGGUGGCAGUUGAUGAACUGCCCGCAAACCAAGGAAAAACUGCGUUCAGGUACACACAUUCAAUGACAUGACAUGCACACAGACGUCAACACACACAGCACGUGUGUGGCCGGCCUUCAGGAUGUGCCAUCGCAUUCAGUUCGACUCUGUGGCCUUCGCGGACAUGCUGUGGCACACGGGUCAGCGACGGACGGACGGACGGACGGACAGACAGACAGACAGCCGUAUCCCAUUAGCCACGCACACCCGUUGCUUCGCUGUGCGCCCGUGUGUCAGGCAUGGACGCAGUCUGCCAGCACCUUUUCCGUCAGCGGGGCGUGCGGCUCUACGAGAACAUUCGCUUCUACAAAUACACCAAGGGGCACGCCUUUGGUCCGCACUACGACGAGGCCAUCCGGUUCCCCACUACAGGCGAGGAGACCAAGUGGACGCUGCUGGUGUAUCUGAGCGAGUGUGUCGGCGGUGAGACCGCCUUCCUGGACGGCAAGGGGAAGCAGCCGGUGGCCAUAGCGCCCAGGGCGGGGAUGGCCUUGCUGCACGCACAGGGCCCUAGGUGUCUGCUGCACGAGGGGAGGGAGGUGAGGGAUGGCGUCAAGUACGUCAUGAGAAGCGAUGUGGUCAUGAAACUGUGAUGAGCAGAGACAUAUGAGAGGACGGACGGUGAAGGGUGGGUGUACAGAGAGAGAGAGACAGAGAGAGUGGCGGGUCGGUGUCUGCUUUGAUUUGAUGAGCGGGGAAUUCAUCCAGCCAUGAUGUGAUGCAGUGUACAGCUG